AAUUGGUGGCUGGGAUGAAAUAAGUCUUGAAAUCAUCCCUUCAUGCUGUGUAUAUUCCUGAAACUUCUGAAUAUGGUAUUAUUUGUGAUUCCCCUUGCCUACCCCACCCCUCCUCAUGUCGUGCUUUAGUGCAUCUGCCCUUUGACUUCCUGCUAGUGGCUGUAGUACUUCCUUCCUGCCGGAACGAUCAAACAGUGCAUCAUCUCUGCUUUAGCAGACAAGCCUUCAUCCAGAUGUGGAAAUAGAGACCCUAGAUGGUUGUUGACAUGUUCUACUAGCCUGCUCAAUGCUAUAUUUCACUCUGGAUUCUCUGCCAUCCCAAGUCUACAAUCUCUACUAUCAGUUUGCAGGUGCCAUGGAUAUCCUCCACACGGGUGAUUUCUUCUGGAUGUUGGCACUUGCAAUCCCAAUCCUGGUGGUUCUAUUGGUACUGUGUACUGAUUGCCGUGAUGCUGAUUUAGACACACCUGCUAUUGGUGACUACGAAGACAAGCCUUCCACUAAUAUUCAUUCCCAGACUUUCAGAGUGUUGAGGCGUCCUCCCUCGCCACCUUGGUCUGCCAUCCAGUCCCAGCCAAAUUUGCAGAGCACAGGCUCUGCAUAUAGCUUCUGCAGUCAGGCACCUCCAUUCAUCAAAAUUGAGGAUAACGAAAGUGUUCCCAGUUAUGAAAAUGAAGAAUUAUGUUGUCCCACUGAUGAUGAUGAAAAUUAUGUUCCUGGAUACAUAGAGGUGUUGCCUGAUGUCCCAAUCACAGAACAGAGGAACAAUGAUCAUGCCUCGUCUGAGUCCAUAAUGGACCAAUAUGAAAAUGUGCCUGAAUCUCAACGGCAUUCACUUGGUGAAUAUGUGAAUGUACUAGAACCGGAACCGAUCAUACUAGAUUCUUGUUUUGUAGUUGGCACUAGUGACCGAGAAAGUGAAGAUGAUGUUCCAGACUAUGAGAACGUCUGUUUUGGAGUUUGAGGUUGAAAGGAGGAUUUUAAAGGAUCAGUUUUGCAUUGGCGGAUCUAUUCAUCUUUGGGAAGGAUGGAUCAUUACGCAGGACACCUUCUCCUGAACAACUUCCAAUUUUGCCAUAUCCUAUUUUUACUCCUUUGCACUUUGGAUGACACAUCCUGAGAAUUUCUCCCAAUUACCAGUAGCAGUAUUUCGAUGGACUUUUCCCAAAGCAAUUCAAUUUUGAUUUUAAGUUUUGAUGACUAAUAAAGAAUCAAUAAUUGCACCAUCUUUUCUAUUUGAGAGAUAAUUGAUCCAGGGAAUGGAGAGAAGUCUGGAUUAGUCUAUUAGAUGGUAACAAGUUGAGUCUUAGUGAUUAAGUGAUGCAGUAGAAUGAGCCCUAAACAUUAAUUCCAUUAAAAAGGAAGUAUUGUGCAUCAUUUUUUUCUCAAAGAGACAGUAGUAUUAUUAAUUAUGUAGAUGUGACAGCAAUGAGACAUACAAUGUAUUAUAUAAUGUUUGCUUUAUUUGUAAAUAUGCAAAUAGCUGCACCCUCUGGGUAAUAGUCUAUAUAGCCCAGUAAUUGUGUACUGGGCAGGACAUAUCAUACAGUUAAACAUCAAUUUUCAUAUCUUUGCAAUCUUCAGUAAUUGAACCUGUGUCUUUUUCUAGACAAUGGAAUUAUUGAAAGGAGAAGAAUAUAUAGGGGAAUUUUUGUUUAGGUAAAGUUAUGUAUUCCUGAGCUUUGAUCCCAUUUCAACAGCAGGUUUGGAAAAUUUAACCAAUUUGAUCUAGGGUUUGCAUUAAGCUCAAGGUGAAGCUAAAAAAAAAAGAAUGCCUUUUGAGAGACUAGGUCAACAUAAUAAACUAUAAUAAUAGUCCAUAUUUUUGGCAUAGCAUAUUAUAUAAAUGCAACAAUUGUGCUGUAUUAAGUCAAUCACCUAUUUUGUAUGUCACCAUCACAUAUUAUUCAGUAGGCUCCCCAGGCUGAUAAAACCUUGUGAAAUGGACCAUUGGUAACUCCCAUAUAUAUUCUUGGGAGUUCCAUAUUUAGCAGUGUCUCUUCUCUUGCUCCCUCAAAUUCUGUUUCAACUUUCUUCCAUUCCGGCACUCUUUCUACUCCCCCCCACCUUCAUGAGGUAAUGACCCUGGCAUCUUUGUUUCUCCUUCCCCUUAAUUCCCUGACUUGUUUAAUAAAGAGGGUUAGAACAGGGGUGGGGAACCAUGCCCCUUUUAUGACUUGUGGACUUCAACUCCCAGAAAUUCUGAGUCAGACAUGCUGGUUCAGGUAUUCUGGGAGUUGAAGUCCCCAAAUCAGAAAAGGGGCCAUCGUUCCCCACUUCUGGGUUAGUAUGAGUUGUGAGAUACAAAAACGGGCAAUGCCAGUUAUUGCAAUGAGCACAACAGACUUGUUGACUUUGUUCCUCACUUCUAGUGGUUUGGCAGCCUGGGUCACUGGAACUGGCAGCGACCCAGGCCUGC